GGCGUGCUGGCGGCUUUCUCCAGCCAACAGCAGAGGGAGAGAGUGAGAGAGAGCGAAAUGGCGCCUCUGUAUUCUAGCUGAGAGACAGUCAAUGCAGAAGGAACUGACAGAACCGAGAGCAAAUAAUACGGUGAAGAUAAAAAAAACAUGGUGAACACAAGAAAAGGCACGCAGCUCCAGCCAUGCAGCCCUGUCAUCUCCGGGCGGACGAGGUCGUCUCUUAGGAACAACCCAAACUUGGAAGAACACAACCAUAAGGACUCCAUCAGUAAUAUCAGCUCUGGUAGCCCUCGCUUGUCCCCUCCGUCUAAGCGAAAACGCAGACACACGACGCCUAGCUCCAGUGACACUUCCCCAAGUCCCCAGAGCAAAGCACAGAGAGUGACAUGGAGCACAUCCAAACACUGUACCAGGUUAUCCACUGGUGCUUUGCAAAAUGGACACGGUCGAAGAACCCUGCGGGUAGAUGACAGCACAGAUGGGGAUGAUGCUCGCUUGAAUGGCCAUGUUGAGCUGAAGAGGAGCUGUCGCUCUAGGAAGAGCCGCUUUCAGCACCUCAACCAGAGCCUGCUGUUUGACCAACUGGUCAACAGUACGGCAGAGGCGGUGCUUCAGGAAAUGGACAACAUCAGUAACAUACGGCAGAAUCGGGAAGUGGAGCGGCUCCGGAUGUGGACAGACACAGAACUGGAAAACAUGGACAUGUAUUCACGUGUGAAAAGGCGGAAAUCGAUGAGGAGGAAUACUUUUGCAAUGCAGACACACCAUAAAGUCAUCAGCAAAUCUGAAGCUCCAGAAGAAGAAGGAAGGGAGGAAGAAGAAACUGAUGAAUCCCAUGAGGAGGGAGAUGAUGAUGAAAGGGAAGAUGAUGAAGACGAUGAAGGAGAUGAAGCAGAGGAAGCAGGAGAGGAGAAUGAUAGACCUUACAACCUCAGGCAGCGUAAAACUGUGCAGCGUUAUGAGGCACCACCCAUCGUGCCAGUGAACAGAAAACAAAGCAAGACCACGGUGUUUGAUACACACAGAUCCCCUGCAAGGAGAAGCCAUAUCAGAAUAAAGAAGCAUGCCAUCCACAGCAGUGAUACAACAUCUUCAUCGGACGAGGAACGUUUUGAACGGAGAAAAAGUAAAAGCAUGACGCGUGCUCGGAACAGAUGUCUACCAAUGAAUUUGCGAGCAGAGGACCUGGCUAGUGGUGUGCUUCGUGAUCGGGCAAAAGUUGGUGCUAGUUUAGCUGAUGUGGACCCCAUGAAUCUGGAUACCUCUGUGAAAUUUGACAGUGUAGGAGGUCUUACCUCUCACAUUAAGUCUCUCAAGGAGAUGGUGGUCUUUCCUCUUCUCUACCCUGAAGUGUUUGAGAAGUUUAAGAUCCAGCCUCCAAGGGGUUGCCUGUUCUAUGGGCCUCCAGGGACAGGGAAGACUUUGGUGGCUCGGGCACUGGCUAACGAGUGCAGUCAGGGUGACAAGAAAGUUUCCUUCUUUAUGCGAAAGGGAGCUGACUGCCUCAGCAAGUGGGUGGGAGAAUCAGAACGACAGCUCCGCCUUCUCUUUGACCAGGCAUACCUCAUGAGACCAUCUAUCAUCUUUUUCGAUGAGAUUGAUGGCCUUGCACCUGUUCGUUCUAGCAGACAGGAUCAGAUUCACAGCUCCAUAGUUUCCACGUUGCUGGCUUUAAUGGAUGGUUUGGACAGUCGAGGGGAGAUAGUGAUCAUUGGUGCUACAAACAGACUUGACUCUAUCGACCCUGCACUCAGGAGGCCUGGUCGUUUUGACCGGGAAUUUCUGUUCAACCUGCCAGAUAAACAGGCUCGAAAGCACAUUUUAGAAAUUCACACCAGGGACUGGAACCCAAAGCUGUCAGAUUCCUUUAUGGAUGAGUUGGCAGAAAAAUGUGUCGGUUACUGUGGUGCCGACAUCAAAGCACUUUGCACUGAGGCUUCACUGGCAGCAUUGCGGCGGCGAUAUCCUCAAAUAUACAGCAGCAGUCAGCGCUACAAACUGGACGUGGGCUCUAUUGUUUUGGGGCCACAGGACUUUCGCCAUGCUCUGCGCUCUAUUGUUCCAGCUGCUCAGAGAGCUCUCGCGCCACCAGGCCGGGCUUUGUCCUGCACACUGCAGCCUCUGCUGGAGAGAUCACUGACCCACACACUCAACUGCCUGUUCCGAGUUUUCCCCCAUGCAGAGCUCCCACACAGGGAACAAACACAUGACUCUGACAAUCAGCUGCUGGAGGACGACUCUUAUAGCGAGGGCGAAGAUGGAGCUGGUGCUCAGUCCAUUUAUGAUGUUCAGCCAGGAUCCCCAAAGAAAUCACACUCCUCCAUAGUACACAAACCUUUUCUUCAUUUUACUACGUCCGCCUAUCAGCAGCCAACCUCAUAUCGACCACGGCUUUUGCUAACAGGGCCUCAGGGAUCGGGUCAAAGCACACACCUGGCCCCUGCUCUGCUGUAUCACCUCAACAAGUUCACUGUGCACCGCCUCGACCUGCCCACUCUCUACUCUGUCAGUGCCAAGACCCCAGAGGAGUCCUGCGCUCAGGUGUUUCGGGAAGCACAGCGGAGCUUGCCAAGUGUGAUCUACAUGCCACAUGUCAGUGAUUGGUGGGAAGCCAUAAGUGACACGGUGAAAAGUACCUUCCUCACACUGCUGCAAGAUGUUCCCUCCUUCAACCCACUCCUCAUCCUUGCAACGGCUGAGAUCAGCUACCAGCAGCUCCCUGAAGAGGUAAAAUGUAUCUUCAAUCGCUCCUAUGGUGAGGUGGUGUGUUUAACUUCACCUGGGGAGGAGGACCGCAGAAAGUUCUUCACUGGGCUCAUAUUGGUGCAAGCAGCCAGGCCACCACUCUGCCAGAGGAAAAAAGAGUGUGAUCUCGAGGUGCUGCCUCUGGCGGAAGACCCUGGCCCUCGGCAGCUCUCUCCGGAGGAGCAGAAGCGGCUUGAGGAGCAGGAGGAGAACACCCUGCGCGAGCUCCGCCUCUUUCUCAGGGACGUCACCAGGCGGCUGGCCACUGACAAGCGCUUCCACAUCUUUAGCAAGCCUGUAGAUAUCGAAGAGGUAUCAGAUUAUCUUGAGGUCAUCAGAGAGCCUAUGGACUUGUCCACUAUCAUGACAAAGAUUGACACGUACAAGUACACAAUCGCAAAAGACUUUCUGAAGGACGUUGACCUCAUUUGCAGUAAUGCGUUGGAGUACAAUCCAGACAAAGAUCCAGGAGAUAAGAUUAUUCGGCACAGGGCUUGCAGUCUGAAAGACGCAGCUCACGCAAUGAUUGCUUCAGAGCUGGACCCAGAGUUCGAUCGCAUGUGUGAGGAGAUUAAAGAGUCUCGAAGGAAAAGAGAGUUCCAGAUGCCACAGCAGCUAGCUGCCACUCCAACAUCUGUAUCAGGCAGGAGGCCGGUCGGUGGAAACGAGGCCUCUGGCAGCACUUCUCAAACUGAUCUGGUGGAAAAGCAACACAACACUUGUGGAACAGAAGUAGCACAGAUACUGGUGAGAUGCAUUACCUCUGGGCAUGCUAAUGUACGCCUCGCUGCAGGAGGUAGCAUAAAGCGCAAGGCUCGACGCCGGUCAAUUUGGGAGCGGGGCAUCAUCAGGAAAAAAAAGAGCAGCAAGAAGGAGGAAGUAGAAGAUGAUGAUGAGCCAGAGGAAGAGGACGGUGCUGAUGACUCGACCAUUGCUGGCCAGGGUAAUGGUAGUCCGGCUCAGGAUGAGUCGUCCUGUGACGCCAUGGAACCACAAAUGGAUAAAGCACUUCCCCAACCCAACGGAUAUUCUCUGAGCACUGAAGAGGAGAACUCCAGUGAAGCCACUGCAACUCAAGAGCCUCAAGGCCAAGAUAAGGCCAAUACACCAACCUUUAAGAACCCACCUUCUGUAGAGGUGAAAGAGGCAUUAGUGCACUCCGAGCCCCAAGUGUGUGUAAAUGGAGACGAGUCAAUGGACAGUAUAGACAGUGAAGCCAAUGAAACGGAAUCAGGGACUAGCAACAAGGUGGUCACAGCUUCUUUCAGAGGAGGGGAACAGACCGGAUUGGAAGAUGUGUCACAAGAAUGCAAGGCAAAUGAAUGCACACCAGUUGAAGAUGGAGCUGAUAGUGAUGGAGUUUAUGAAAAAGAAGGUAUCCUGAAAGAGAAGGAGUGUAGAAGAAGCCAAUCAGAAAAGAAGAAGGAAGUUCUAGCAGAGAGGCCAGAAGACCCCCCACAGCCUCCGCCUCCACCUGCUUUAGUAGUAGACCAUCAUCGACUCCAGGCCCUGCUAGAUCAAGUUGUGAUGAAGAGUAAGGGCUACAGUGUGGAUCAACUGGAAAGACUUUACUCAGUGCUCAGCCAAUGUAUCUACCAAUUCCGCAGGGAUUACGACAAGACCUGCCUGAUCGAGGAGAUGGAAAGGCAAGUCCGGCAUUUCAAUACAUUCCUGUGAUGAAACAAGUUGAUGGUAAUCAGAGACUCCUGUGAUGCAAAAAGGAGACCAACUUCAAGAACCAAGCUGCUACAGUGAGCCAAGCAGGUUUGGUAUUAAAUGGAGUUAAAGGAGACUUGGAAAGACUUUCAGUGGCAACCUUGGUGCUAUUGUCUCAGGUACCUGGACAGAACUAGUCUACAGAACCAAACACAAGUCAAGACUCGUAUAGGUUUCAAAUCAUAUAUGCCAAUUUCUAAUGGGCGUUCUUGGUGCUACUAGGUGCUAUUGUUUAUCCAUUUGCUGCUCCUUGAGUUUCUUUUAAAAUAAUGUGAUGGGGGGGGAUUCUAAACAUAUUUAAAGGAAAAAAAAAGGAAAAGAUUGUGUGAUGUCACUUAAACCCUUUGGUCUCAAUUGACCAGGAAGAGACGGCACACACCACCACACAGGCACAGAUUCUCACCAGCAGUUGUAAAAGCCCCCUUGGAUUCGUUGUAAUGCCGUGAGUUCAUGACAGAAUGUUAUUGACUGUGGAAAUGAAUUACAUUCUUCUAUUUCUAUGAACAUCAUCAUACUGCAUUGUGUCCCUGUGACCUCCAACCAGUGGGCAUUUAAAUGUAUGCAGUGUGAAACUGCUGUGUGUUUUCUGACAGAAUUGCAGCGUUUUUUACCCGAUGAUGGUGCUCUGGCCAGUGAAAAGCUGAAGCACCAUCAAAUAAAACCCCCCAAAUAAAUAGCUACUUUUAUUACAGUGGAAUUAUCCGAACACCACGAUGCAGUAAACCCAGUUUACAAUUUUUUUUUUUUUGUACAUUUUUAAAAACCGGUAACAUAUCUAUCUAAUACACCAGGAAUAUUUCCCAAAAGAUAGGCUGCCUCUUAAAAGUUGAUCUCUUCCUGGCCAAUGAGCAUUCAAAUUUGAUAUUGUCAUGGCCACAUGUAUUUCUGUCUUCUGGGGGAACAGAUGGCUUGUCAACCCUUUUCGUGUAAGACUGUACAACAAAUUGCUAAUCUUUUGCUUUUUGUUUGCGCUAGUUUAUUUAUACCCUCAAGACAAUUGUUCUGACACCAGUUGGUUAUGCCAUGACCUUAAGUUCUUUUGUAUAAUUUUCUUUAUUACCUCUUAGUUUGAGUUACGUGAAUGCUCCGAUUAUUUGUGUUCAAUAAUGAAUGAUGAACAAGGCAAUUUUAGCCAGAGUGGUUUGUUCAGUAUAUUGGAGCAUUACUAUUGUGUUAAUGAAAUUUUUUUGAAUUUUUUCUUUUCUUCUUCUUUUUUUCUUCUUGUCAAUGGUUUAGUUGUAUUAAAAUCUUUAAUUGGUAGCUACUUAUUCUUUUAGUAGUUAGGUUCUAGUUGGGUUUUGGCCUAGUGUGCUUAUUUGCGAGGCCUUUUCUCUGAAAGGAUUGAACAACAACUUUCUUCAGUUUGCAGAUAAAUGUUUCUGAAGUUAUGACUCAUCUCAAGUUUAUGAAAUUAUACAUACAAAUCUUUUAAAAACAUGCAAAAUGAGAAAUUAACUCUGGACUACUACAGCGAGAUGGAGAACCCUGGCUACCUCAGUUAAAGAAAUUAUUUAAAACAACAUGUUUAUCAAAGACAUACAGUAUUUGUCAACAUCUGUAACAUGGCUGCACAUUUUCCCAUUGAAGCCCAGGUACUGAGCAACACAUCCUGUGGCUGUCGCAGUGAUCCAUCCUUUUGUUUGGUUUUUGGUUCCUAAUCUUUUUUUGUUGUUGUUGUUGUUUGAGUUUUGCAGAUGAGCCAACACAAAAACAGCACAUUAAUUUCAGCAAGAUUUUGUAUUAUAUGUUUUUGUCUGUUGUCCUAUGGACCUUGGUGAUGGCAGCCAUAUUGAUUGUCUACUUCACUACAGUUUCUAUUCAUGUCUUGCAUAAUAGCAGCUUUUUUUUUUUUAGCUAUUUAUCUCGCGCUGUACCUGUUUAUUUAUUAACAUAAGUAUUGGUGUGAUUGACUGUCUGUUCAUAUUUUUGUACACCAUUGAUUAAAAAGGGGGCAAAUUGGAAAUUUGUUACAGUUUUUGAAGUUGGAGCCAUGUCAUGAUGUAGCACAUUUUUGUAGCAGGGUUGCACAAAUGGAGAGGUUUACUGGUCUCAGGUCUCUGCUAUGUUCAUGAUCUAUUUAUUCCAUUAUGACGGUGGUGGUGGUGCUUUAGGCUUUGUGGUAAAGGGACUGUCGUACAGCUCGUGUUAUUCGUGUUUAUCACCUCUUACUUUGCAUCUCCUGCACAUGAUCAGCUCGUUCUGUGUAAUUCUGUAUGUACUGUGACGCUGACCACAUGGUCCGAGAUCCUGAUAUUUUAGUCGGUUUCACAAAUUCUGUAAAGAUUGAAAGACUUGGAGGACAUAUAAAUGUUACCCAUGUUCACCUCCUUACAUUUUGUCAGUUUUCUUUUCAGUAUUUAUGGUGCGAUACUGUACUGGUCCUAAACGGUGCCCCUUGGCCAACAAACAUGUAUAAUAAGUGAAAUGGUACAGUUUAAAUCAGAUGGAUUUUAAGAGAAACUGGGGAAUUUAAAAAAUGUAUAUAAAAAGUGAUUAACAGAAGACCAACACUGAUACAGUGAUUUGGACAUAGUUCAGGAAAAGCUCAUAUCAUAUAAAACCUCACUUUAUCCUCUUGGUUUGGCUUGUGCUCCAUAUAACAGACUACAUACAGUUAAAAAAGAAAAGCCCAACAAAAACAUGGCACUCUUCUGAGUCUGUGAUGUGAUAUGUGUGUUGGGUUUAAAGCAUUAGUCAAAAACGGUGCUGGUGAUAAACUAGUGCUUCGUGUCACUUUCACAUGAUGCUUAGUGUCGUCUAGUCACAUCUCUGUUCAAAGAAACCUGUGCUGAUGCUAGACCAAAACCUGGCCUACUACAAUACUGCCUGAAUGCUAUACUGACACCUGACUGGAGCCUUAAACAAGUGGUACUGAGUGAAUAGUCGUGUAUCUGGUUCUGAUCCUGCAUCAUCCCCUAAAGAAGAGCUACAUACACAGCACUUAUCUGUGUCUCAGCUCAUGCUUCAAGUCGUCUCCUGUUGCAGUUUUCCUGAUUAAAAAAUCACAGUUGUUCAACAUGCAGUUUGUUCACAUGAUUGCGAGGGUAGUUGAGGUAUGCAGAUUUAUUUUUCCUUUUUUUUCCCCAUUCUUAAAUAAACCUCUUUCAGUGAUAUAACAAUUGCCUCUAAUAUGUAGUCUGUUGUUUAUUUAUUGAUCUAGUUUUGGGGGUUUGUAUUUCUGCUAUUGCCAGAGUCUUUCCCAAGCUGGUAAAAGACUCGUUUGAAACCUUGUUAAUAUCCAGCCAAGCAUUCUUUUAGUGGAAAUCCUAUUGAAAUGAAUACAUUUACUGUAAUUUCUUAAACUGCUGUGAUUAUACUUGAAUAAAAGGUGCAAAUUGUACAGUUUGGUGAA